CUCUAGCAAGCGAGGAGAUUUCGGCCUCACCGGUGCGCAACGAACGAGUGACCUCGUAAAAUACAUUCCCACGCAACGCCAGAAUAUAUCUGCUGCACGUGGGCAGCGAUUGGGCAGCGACUAGGACUCAUUGCAGCGCACACACUGCAUCACCAGGAACGAAGCCAUGCGCCUCCUCACAGCAUAUAUUGUAGCAACCGCAUUAACCACCACAACAGCGAAGAAGAAGAAGAGGCGCCGGAAAGUCGACGCGCGCACGGAGCAGCAGCGCUUGUGCGACGCGUGCAUGGGCCUCGCGGAGCACGCGCGCACGGUCGUCAACGUCGCGAUCAAAGACGUGUCAGGAGCCGUGGUGGACUGGCCCGCGGUGCUGGACGAGGGCUGUCCCGCGCCGGAAUGUAGCACUUUACUCAAAGGCGUCGCUACGGCCGUCGCCGAGGAGCUUCACAUGCUCGUGGAGGACGGCGACGCGAUCGACGCGCGGGUCCUCCCGGAUUUACUGUGUGCGCCGGCGUCCGUCACCGGCGCGUGUCGCGAUUACGACCCGCCAGAUGCGACACCCAGAACCAAGCUCGUGGUGGCCUUGCACAACGAGCGAACUGUAGAUGCGAAGACCCAGGGCCGCAUCGAGGUGCACCUCGUCGCGCCGGGCGACAUGGACAAGGACUGCGCUCCGUCCGAGAACGUACAAAACGAGACAAAGCGUCUAGCAUUGCAGAACGUGCGCACGCUGCAAGCCGACGAGGAGCAGUUGUUCGUCCUGUCGAUCCACGCCCUGAGUCCGACGCUGCCCACGCUGCGCGCCAAGCCGCUCGGCGCGCCCUGCGGCGCCGGCGCGGACCUGAACGUCGACCUGUUGGAGGACCGGUGGGCCGUGUAUUACGUGCGGGACCCGCCGCCCUCAAAGGUGAAGCUGCCGGGCGGCAUUUUUCGGCCGCUCGUGCUCGGGCGUAUUGAGGAUCGGGACGCGCGGGACAUGCUGCCGAACGGGCACCCGUUCCACGGCGAGCUGUGACGCGGCGGCGGCGUCGAGGCGGCACGCCGUCGCCAAAUGGGUGCGAAAGAGCCCGUGUGUAACAAUAACUAACUGUG